CGCAUUCCACUUCGAGCACCGUACGGCUCCGUCGAGAGCUACCACUAUUUUCCUGGAUUUCGUUCGGUGUACGUCGUUUGCGUUUAAUCGUUUCAUGCUACGGAGGAAUCGAUCCAGCACGUAUACCGAGACCGUGUCGCAGUCGCCAGAUCUACGAACCAGUUCGUUUAUUCGUCGUGAAUUCUGUGGGAUUACACCUGUGGUUUUGUGCAGUGAUUGGCUCCAUAAGUGUAAAACCAAAUGGUUGUCCUCGAGGAAGGCGGUAUGCUGACUACUGGACACAAUCAGUAUCUACAACCGGAUUACCUUUCUCCGCUUCCAACCACGUUGGACGCGAAGAAGAGCCCCCUGGCCCUCUUGGCGCAGACAUGCAGCCAGAUCGGAGCUGACUCUCCGGCGAAGCCUCUGAUAUCGCCCCUGGACAAGGCUCCGAAGGGCAUGAGCGCGGGCACGAACGCGAAAUCACCGCCGGCGGCAAAGCUGGAGCGGAACACGCGCAGCAGCCCGUCGGACGGUAAAUCGUUGGCAUUCAAGCCGUACGAGACGAACGUCGUGUCGAAGAAGUCGUCCGACGAGGGUAGGCCUGCGUCGAAGGCCAGUGUGCACAGUGUUAGUGGCCAGGACAGUGUGAGUGCCAGUGAAAACCACACGGAGAAGAAGUCGGGUAACCGUACGCCCGUCGGACGGAAGUCGGCGUCGCCCGCGAGCCAGGCGACCUCCACGAGCACGAUGUCCGCCGACAGGAAGACGCCGGCGGAUCGGGAGAAGACCGACGGUUCGCCGCGCAACAACAACAACAACGGAGCCAGCCCGAUCAUCAGAUCCGGGAUGGAGAUACUUUCCGGCGGCCACGCGAAGGAUUCGAACCUGAGCGCGUACAAACCGGGGCUUCCCGGUUUUUCCGGGAACCCUCUUUGUUGUCCGCCGGGCCUGGCGGAGAAUCCAGCGUUCAGACCGCCGUUCGCCGGCGCGUCUCCUUUCUCUCAUCACCACGCCGCGGCAGCGGCCCUUUUGGGCUACCCGUCGACGACCCCGACCAGCGGAAACCCGUAUCUGAGCUACGCCCGCGUCAAGACGCCUGCCGGCGGCGAGGCCCUGGUCCCCGUCUGCAAGGACCCUUACUGCACCGGUUGCCAAUACAGCAUGCAUAGCGCGCAGCUGAUGAUGGGCACAGGGACCUGCCCCAGCGGAUGCACGCAGUGCGACCAUCAGAAGUACGGUCUCGCGAUGGCGUUAUCGUCGUUGGGACCCAUGGCUCCUCCGUCUCUCUCGUACCCGUCCACCCUGACCGGAGGCAGACCGUACGUCUGCAACUGGAUCGCUGGUGACUCGUACUGCGGCAAACGGUUCACCACGUCCGAGGAACUUUUGCAGCAUCUCAGAAGCCACACCAGCCUAACCGGAAGCGAGCACGCGUCCUCCGCCGCUCUGCUUAGCAACCCUCAUCCGCAUCCGUUGCUCUCGCCGUCAGCCGCCCUACAUCGCGCCAGCGGCGGAUCCUAUCCGACGCCGUCUUUGAGCCCUCUCAGCGCCAGAUAUCAUCCUUACGGGAAACCGCCGACGGGACCGCUUCCUGCGUCGCUCGCCGCCUCACCUUACAGCGCCUUCAACGCGUUGGGACCUUAUUACUCGCCGUACGCGAUCUACGGUCAGCGAAUCGGCGCCGCCGUUCAUCCUUAAAGGAUUCGUCGUUCGAGUGCUCGAUGGGGGCUCCCAAGUGUACAGUCCGUAAUAGUGUAAUAUAGAAGAGCCGUUUAAAACGAAACAUUGACAGACUGUUGUGUAAAUAAUUAAACGUGUAUAAUAUAAAUUUAUUUAAAGAAAUAUAUACAUAUGUGUGCAUAAAUUCUAAAAAAAAAAACACUAUGAGUUCAUAAAGUUUUUUAAAGAUAUAUCGACGGUUUGUUUCGUCGCGAUUCUUUGCAGGAAAAAAAUUAUUACACGUCUCUUUAACGUUUUCGAUUAUUAUCUAGGGAGGAACAUGUACGCCGGAAAUUAAAUAUCUGCGAGUAGUUUAAGGUGUUUCCAUAGCGGUAAAGAAACUGGAUCCCGUGAAUAGUUAAAAAGGAUUAUACAUUGAGAAAUUUUCUAUGCUCUUCGGCUUCCACGUAAUACGAUUAUAUAUUUUCCAAUUUGUGUUUAAAGUGAUGCGUGUACUCUUGUAAAAAAAAAAAUAUAUAUAUAUAAAAAAACGAUACUGCGUGCUGGAAUAAAAUUGUAGGCGCGUACCGACGGUCGUGCAUGUUCUAUGUCCAUGAUAUAACUGUGAUAUUACGCUAUUUUUUCGAAGAAAUAAGAGAUAAUGUCAACAAUGGUGUGUCUAGACUAUCUCUACGGCAAAAUAUAACAUCUAACUUAUACGCAUCGUUUAUACGAUAGAAAAGGACGUAAAUGGCGUAUGAACCGGACGAAAUAUACGGAAAUUAUUUCCCAGAUUUUAAAAUACAUUGCAAAGAGAAUCUUUAACAGUCUUUUAAAUUCGUUCUGAAAAAUCAUCGGUUUUCUACCGUGUAAAGUAUUCCGAUCGAAGAAACAAUGUACGAUACAUAUUAUUUGCACUGUAAAUAUCUCUUGUAAAUAUCGUUGAAUUUCCAUACCGCUUUAAU